GUGGAUAUGUCAGAAGGAAGCAAGACUCUGGUGACUGUAUUUGUUCUCACAGGACUUACAGAGCAACCAUGUCUGCAGGUCCCUCUUGUGUUUCUGAUUAUCUACCUCACCACCAUGGUGGGCAAUCUUGGACUGAUGGCUCUUAUUUGGAAGGAUGCCCAUCUUCACACACCCAUGUACUUGUUCCUUGGUGGUUUAGCCUUUGCAGAUGCUUGCACUUCAACUUCUGUUACUCCUAGGAUGCUGGUCAAUUUCUUAGACAAGACUGCAAUGAUACUCCUAGCUGAGUGCAUCACCCAAUUUUAAUUUUUUGCCUCCAGUGCAACUACAGAAUGUUUUCUCCUGGUAGUAAUGGCCUACGAUCGCUAUGUAGCCAUAUGCUAUCCAGUGAUGAUGUCCUUGCUUUAUCCAGUGAUGAUGUCCAACAGACUCUGUACUCAACUGAUAAGUAUUUCAUACGCAUUAGGUUUUCUGCAGCCUCUAAUUCAUGUGAGCUUUUUGUUAAGAUUAACUUUCUGCAGGUCUAACAUAAUACAUUAUUUCUACUGUGAAAUUUUACAACUAUUCAAAAUUUCAUGCAAUGACUCAUCUAUUAAUGCACUAAUGAUAUUUAUUUUUGCAGCUUUUAUAGAAAUAUCCACUUUAAUGACCAUCAUAAUCUCUUAUGCUCGUGUUCUCUUUGACAUUCUGAAGAAAAAGUCUGCAAAUGACAGAAGCAAAGCUUUCUCCACGUGCAGUGCCCACCUGCUCUCAGUCUCAUUGUACUAUGGCACUCUCAUCUUCAUGUAUGUGCGCCAUGCAUCUGGCCUAGCUGAAGAUCAGGACAAAAUGUAUUCCCUAUUUUACACAAUUAUAAUUCCCCUGCUAAACUCAUUUAUUUAUAGCUUGAGAAAUAAAGAGGUUAUAGGUCCCUUGAGAAGAGCUGCAAAGAAGUAA